AACAAUUGCGGUAUAAAGGCGGAUCAGCAGCUCUGGUCACGCCUGCAUGCAGGAAGUGAAGAGCCGCCGCACUGCGGGCGGGAGCCGCUCUGAGCCGCUGAGGAAGGAGCCACUGAGUAAGGAGGCAGGGAACUCAGCAAUGGAUCCUCAGGACAGUGUGGGGAUCGGUCCUUUCCUCAUCACUGGUGGGGGAGGGUACUUCGGUUUCCGCCUUGCAUGUGCUCUGCAUAGAAAGGGAGCUAAAGUUACUCUGUUUGACAUACAACCGCCAGUUGUCAAGAUCCCAGAUGGUAUGGAGUUCCUGCAGGGAGACAUACGAAUGUAUGAGCAGGUUGAAGAGGUGACGCGGGGAGUAGACUGUGUGUUUCACAUCGCCUCGUUUGGGAUGUCCGGCAGGGAGCAGCUGAACCGGGGGCUGAUCGAAGCCGUAAAUGUGCAGGGGACCGAGCAUGUGAUAAAGGCAUGUACGGAGAACAGCAUUCCCCGUCUGGUGUACACGAGCACCUAUAACGUGGUCUUUGGUGGACAAGUCAUUGAGAACGGAGAUGAGAGCCUCCCGUACCUGCCACUUCACCUGCACCCUGAUCACUACUCGAGGACAAAGUCACUGGCGGAAAUGGCAGUGUUGAAAGCCAACGGCAUUGCGUUGCGCAAUGGCUCAGGCGUAUUGCGGACAUGUGCCUUGCGGCCAGCAGGUAUUUAUGGGCCUGGCGAACAGAGGCACCAGCCAAGAAUCGUCAGCUACAUCGAAAAGGGCAUCUUCAGAUUUGUGUAUGGGAACGCCAGCAGUUUGGUUGAAUUUGUCCAUGUGGACAAUCUUGUUUCUGCUCACAAGCUGGCUGCUGUGGCCCUGACCUCCAGGGGGCAGCACCGAGCCGCAGGGCAGGCCUAUUUUAUAUCGGAUGGGCGGCCCGUUAACAACUUUGAGUUCUUUAGGCCGCUUGUGGAGGGCCUGGGUUACAACUUUCCAAGGUUGCGCUUGCCUAUAUCCCUCAUUUACUUCUUUGCAUUUCUCACCGAGAUGGUCCACUGCCUGGUGGGCCAUCUGUACAAUUUCCAGCCUCUGCUUACGCGCACUGAGGUCUACAAAACAGGCGUCACGCAUUACUUCAGCAUCGCAAAGGCAAAGGCAGACUUGGGCUAUCAACCCAAAGAGUUCAACCUGAAUGAAGUUGUGCAUUGGUUCAGAAGCAGGGGCCAUGGGAAGAAACCAGCCUCUUCCUUUAUGAGAUUUGUCUGGGACAUUGUUCUCAUAAUUUUUGUAUUUGUGGUAAUCCUUUCCUGCCUGCCAGUUGUUGGUGGAUUGCCAGAUAUUUUUUGAUUACAUUUACUUCUAUUGUGCAUCACAUUAGAUCAUUAGUUUUGUGGAAGAUAAAAGAACAGAGAUUCUUUAUUGAUCCCUGUAAAAAAAGGGUACAGUUUCCUUCCCCAAGGUACAAACAAGCAAUAAUGUACCCUCAAUGGUACAAAGAUGUUCCUUAAAAUCUAUUUCUGUACCUUAAAAGGUACAUUUACCUACAGCUAGGAUACAGCCCCAAUAAUAAGUAAUUGUACCGUCAAAGGUACAGAUUAGUACUUUUUUUCUGCCAGUGUGGUGAAGUUGUCUUUUUUUUUACUACCCCAUCUUGCUCUCCAUGAGACACACCGACACAUAUCUGUGUGAAAUCAAACUUGAGGGUCACAGUGUGGGGUCAGCCAGCCUGCAGCGCUCCUGGAGCUGGGGGUUAAGGGCCUUAUUCAGGGGCCCAAUGGCUGCAUCAUUCUGGUAGCACCAGGUUUAGAACUAGUGAGCAUCUGAUUACAGUAUGUGCACAAGUCCUAACCCACUGAGCCACAUCCCCCCCCCCAAUAGCUAAUUCAGUAACCAAGGCGACGCAGUUCAGACAGCCUUUCUUCAAUCGGUGCUUCAGAUGACAAAAAGUUUUAGUAGUUCCCAGUUAGUGAUCAAUGAAUGGUUCCCACAGUUAGUGUUCUAUGAAAGGUUCCCAUAGUUAGUGUUCUAUGGAUGGGAUCCCACAGUUAGUGUUCUAUGAAGGGUUCCCACAGUUAGUGUUCUAUGGAUGGGAUACCACAGUUAGUGUUCUAUGGAUGGGAUCCCACAGUUAGUGUUCUAUGAAAGGUUCCCACAGUUAGUGUUCUAUGGAUGGGAUCCCACAGUUAGUGUUCUAUGAAGGGUUCCCACAGUUAGUGUUCUAUGGAUGGGAUACCACAGUUAGUGUUCUAUGAAGGGUUCCCACAGUUAGUGUUCUAUGGAUGGGAUCCCACAGUUAGUGUUCUAUGGAUGGGAUCCCACAGUUAGUGUUCUAUGAAGGGUUCUUCUGUAUGCCUUGUUAUUUUUGUUAAGUAUUUAAUGUUUGACAGUGGACCACAAACAGUUCUGGUGUGUUCAUACAUACAGUAAAAUGAGUUGUGAUUCUGAUUCUGAUUUUUAGAACCUACUUCAAGUGCUACACUAGCAGUCAUGGGUGCCAUUUUACACUAAGGCUACCCAUAUAAAGAGUUUAUAUAUGGUUUAUAAUCUGCUAUUUAAUUAGGCUGUAACACUGUAAAUUAUCAAUAGACAAUUUUAAACAAGUUUAAUACAAUUUUCUUUUUAUUAAUGAGUUACUACCAUUUACAAGUGGCAAAAGGGAACCUUAUUGUGAAGUGGUACUGCAGUCAUGUAAUGUGUCUGGUUAUGCAAUAUGAUCGAGUUGGGUUUUGUAAAAGAAAUUAACAACAUUUAGAUGUCUUACUAGUGAUUCAUUAUCCACAAGAAAUUGAUCUCUGUUAUUACUGUCUUUUCAUAUCUUAAUAAUUCGUUUACAUAAUGUGUUAAUAAACAUUUUAUGUAUGGAUUUAAAAUAAAAA